CGUGUCGCGCAUAACGAUACCCCCGUUUUCUCUCUCCCUCCCGCCUUUGCACCUUCUGCCAUCCUUGUGCUUGGCAGAGCACACUCUCUCAGUCCAGUCCGUCCGGCCAUUGUUUGCCAUCGCCUAGCUCUACCAGCUACGUCAGCUUCAUCUGCAUUUCUUUGAACGCCACACCGCGGUCACAGCAUCAUGGGUGUCCCCAAGUUCUUCAGAUGGAUGUCGGAGCGGUAUCCGGCCAUUUCGCAGCUUAUUGCUGAGAACCGGAUACCCGAGUUCGAUUGCCUCUAUCUCGACAUGAACGGCAUUAUCCACAACUGCACUCACAAUGAUUCCGAUUCCGCUACGCAUCGCAUGAGCGAGGACAAGAUGUUCAUUGCCAUUUUCAACUACAUCGAGCAUCUUUUCGGGAAGAUCAAGCCCAAGCAGCUGUUCUUCAUGGCCAUUGAUGGUGUCGCGCCGCGCGCAAAGAUGAACCAACAGCGUGCUCGUCGUUUUAGGACUGCACUAGACGCGGAGAAUGCCAGGGAGAAGGCGAUCAAGGAGGGCCUCGAGAUGCCCAAGGAGCCACCUUUUGACAGCAACUGUAUCACGCCUGGUACCGAGUUCAUGGCCAGGCUCACCCAACAUCUCAAGUAUUUCAUCAACAAGAAGGUCUCGGAAGAUGUUGAUUGGCAAGGCGUUGAGAUCGUCCUGUCCGGCCACGAAGUCCCCGGUGAGGGAGAACACAAAAUCAUGGAAUAUAUUCGCCAGGCCAAGUCUCAGCCCGGCUACGACCCUAACGUCCGUCACUGUCUGUACGGCCUGGAUGCCGACCUUAUCAUGUUGGGUCUCCUCAGUCACGAUCCUCACUUCUGCUUGUUGCGUGAGGAAGUUACGUUUGGGCGCCAGAACCAGAAGAAGUCUAAGGAGCUGGAGCACCAAAACUUCUACUUGAUGCACCUUUGCAUGGUUCGUGAGUACCUGGAGCUGGAAUUCCAGGAACUCGAGCAGCCUGGAGCUUUGUCAUUUCCUUUCGACAUGGAACGCGUAAUUGACGACUUCAUCCUAAUGGCUUUCUUCGUUGGAAACGAUUUCCUUCCUAAUCUGCCGCAUUUACAUAUCAACGAAGGUGCACUUUCGCUUAUGUUCAAUGUUUACAAGGCGGUGUUGCCCAAGGCGCAGGGCUACAUCAACGAGGGAGGCGUGAUCAAUCUUGAACGAUUGGCGUUGCUUUUGGAUGAACUUUCGCAUGUCGAGUACCGUUUCUUCGAGUCAGAGAACCAGGAUGCAAGCUGGUUCAAAGGAAAGCAGACGGGACGCGAAGACGUCAUGGAACGGACUUCGCACAAGAGGCGUGGACAGCUCACAAUCACGUCCCAGCAGAAGGAGAUCUACAAGACGAUCAAGACUUAUGUCAACAACCGACCGGCCGACAAUGCGCCUCUCGAUCUGCCUUCUACUUUGCCAGCCGGCGACCGAAAGUUCGUCGAAGAGCUGGCGGACAGUCUCCACCUUCAAUGGAAGACUGUUGAAGAUGAGCAGGAUGACAGGCACCUCCAGUUGUCUUUCCCUCCGAGUCUCAGGUCUGAAUCUGAUGAUGAAGAUGAGGAGGAUGACGAAGCGCAGAAUGCGCUUCUUCGUGUCCUUAAACGAUAUGAAAACGCCAAAAUUGUGGACAUUUCGCCGGGCGAAGCCCAGGCUGAGAUGGAGAAGAAAUACGAGGAGAAGUUCACGGCCUGGAAGAACGAGCAUUACAAGUCAAAGCUCGGGUGGGGCCUGGAAAAUGAAGAGGAGCUGAGAAAGUUGACGGAAAAUUAUGUGCAAGGUCUGCAAUGGGUCCUAUACUACUACUACCGUGGAGUGGCCUCUUGGCCGUGGUUCUACGCUUAUCAUUACGCGCCGAUGAUUUCAGACGUCAAGAAGGGAUUGAAGGCCGACAUGAAUUUCAAGCUUGGCCAGCCUUUCCGUCCCUACCAACAGUUGAUGGGUGUCCUUCCGGAUCGAAGCAAGCAGAUCGUGCCGACUGCGUACCACGAUCUAAUGACCAACCCCAACUCUCCCAUCAUCGACUUUUAUCCCCGCGAUUUCGAGCUUGAUAUGAACGGAAAGAAGAUGGAGUGGGAAGCUGUUGUCAAGAUCCCUUUCAUUGACGAAAGCAGAUUGCUCCCUGCCAUGGAAACAGUAGAGAAUAACUUGAGCGAGCAAGAGAAGGCCCGCAACCUGUUCGGCGCCUCAUUGAAGUUUGCCUAUCAGCCUGAGCUGGAUUACGUCUACCCAUCUUCACUGCCAGGCAUUUUCCCCGACCUGCCUCAUUGUCGCUGCGUGGAGAAUAUCUUCGAGUUGCCUACCAUGGACGGUCUCGAAGUCUACGUCGGCCUUGUGGACGGUGUGAAAAUGGGUAUCGCGGCUCUGGCCGGCUUCCCUAGUCUGAAGGUUCUUCCGUUCCAUGGCCAACUCGGUUUCCAUGGUGUCAGUGUCUUUCAGCAAGAGAGCAGAAACGAGAGCAUGGUUGUAACCUUGACCGAAACCGAUGUGCGCUCGAAAGCUUCUGAUGCCCAGAAGAAGCUUGGCAAAGCUGUCCACGUGGGUUACCCCUUCCUUCAGGAAGCCAAGGUCAUCAAGGUGUCAGAUGAACUUUUCGACUACGUCGAGCAAGAUGGACAAGUCAUUUCGGUUCCUCAUGAUCAUAAGGGUAUCUCCGACUGGAAGAAGAAGGCCGACCGCAUUGAAGGCGUCUACAGCAAGCGUCUUGGCAUGGUCAUCGGCGAUGUCGAAACGAUGGUGCACGUCGACAUGCUCAAAGGUCUCAGAAAGACUGAACAAGGCGCCACCGUCAAGGACUAUGGCCAUAUUCUAGGCAUGGAGACGGAUUACGCAGCGCAAACGAUCGUCGACGAGGUUAUCAGCGAAGACCAGCGUUUCAUCGAGAAAGAGGCAGUUCCCAUGGCGGAAGAGUUCCCUGUCGGUUCCCGCGCCUUCUUCCUAGGCGACUACGCUUACGGUCGUCCCCUCGAGGUGCUGGCUCACACCGGUGAGAGAGCAGAGUGUUGGGUACUCACUCUCAAUGGACAUGAACAAGAGUUUGGCAAGUCCAUUGUCCAGAGAGCCGAAGCUCAGCAGCAGUAUCGUCCGUCGUACGCUGUGGCUAAGAUGCUUCAAAUCAACCCUCUUGUCCUGAGCAGGGUUACUUCUUCGCUUUCAGUCAACUCGAGUGGGCUUCGUCUUAACUUAGGUCUCAACCUGAAAUUUGAGGCGAAGAAGCUCAAAGUCCUCGGCUACUCUCGCAAGGCCGGAAGUGGCUGGGAAUACAGUCCGAAGGCCAUCAACUUGAUUGCGAAUUACAUGCAGAACUUCCCUGAAUUCUUUGCUGUUAUGCAGAUGAAGCCAAAGGGUGACAUCUACGAAGAUACCGACUUCUACCCUGCGGAGAUCGCCAAACAAAAGAUGAAGGAAAUUGGUGCAUGGCUGAAGUCGGUCGAGACCAAGAACUUCGAGAAGGUGCCUUUGGAAGCUGAGCAGCUUGAUUCGGACGUGGUCAAGGAAAUUGAGCAGACAGCCGAUCAAAACCUGCAAAAUCUGCCUCCGCCUGUUGGCAAGAAGAUCAAGGGCAUCCCGCGGACCGCCCUGCUUAAGCCUUCGGAUGCGGAGCAGACCAUCGGCAACCAGCGCUUCUCCCUUGGCGAUCGGGUCGUGUACGUGCAAGACUCUGGCCGUGUUCCUAUCGGCCAGCGUGGCACAGUAGUGGGCAUGACGCGCACUUCCAGGACAACUCUUCUGGACGUCGUCUUCGACACUACUUUUAUGAGCGGCACCUCCCUCGGCGAACGUUGCACGCCAUUCCGUGGCUCGACAGUUCCCUUCACAUCGGUUCUUAACCUCACUAACCGCCAAUGCGUUUUCCUCUCUGCAGCCGCCGCAGCUAAGCGCCCGCAGUCCAUUGCCCAACCGCUCACGGUUCAGAACCGCGGUUACGGCAUGGCCGGCGACGAACAGCUCGUCCCUGCGGGUGCACCUCCGCCACUGAGCGGUUCCUUCAGAGGCGCCUUGGCUGGCGGUCGGGGCAAUGGCUUCCGCGGCCGCGGCCGCGGCGGUAGUCCUGCGCCUCGCGAGUUGAACGGCUACCAACAAGGCCAGCAACAGAACCUGCCCAUCCGCAACGGGCCUCCUACUGGUCCUCGCGGCCGCGGCGGUUCCAACGGUAAUUUUGUACCGCGUGGAGGCCGUGGCGGCGUCCAGAACCCUCUUAGAGCACAGAACCCUAACCAGAACCGUGGUGGUUUCACCGUCAUCGACAACAGCGAUCCGGCCGAUGGCAUUGUCAAGAACAACCCGAACUUCCGUCCGCAGAACUACAACAACGUGCCACCGCCGGCGGUUCUGGAUGCAAACGCAUUUGGUGGCCGUGGUAGGGGCAGAGGACGUGGAGGAUUCCGUGGACGUGGCGCGAGAGGAAGGGGCGGUGCUCAGAAUGGGGCCGCUCAGAACGGUACGCCACAGGCGCAGUAGAUAGAAUGUCGAAAGACUGAUUUGUCAGGAUGCUGUAGACAAUGCUGCGGCUAUUGACGAGACUGAGAUUGGGUGGAAGUUGUGCAGAUGAGCGAAUUGCGCUGUCACGGCCGAACAAACUCUCAUUACUGUCAAUUCAUAUCUCAAGACCA